GAGUGAGCAACGGUAUUUGGUAGUAGGUAGUGAGCAGUUGAAAAUUGAAAAUCGGCAAUCGGCAUCUGGCAGUUGACAAGCCAAAAGCAAAGCUAUUCUUUGUAAUUCUCGCAUUCCCAUUUCAAAUCGUUUUUUGUGCCCGUGUGUGUGUGUGUGUCACCAUUUAUCAGUUGAAAAUCCAAAGCAAGUGAAAUCUGUUUUGAAUUUAAAUCCGUCAAAAGCUUUUUGCCUACAAAAUGAAUCAACUGCCAAUCCGCGCUUGGACUGUUAAAGGCACAGCUACAAUCACACCUGGCCUAAGACGCACUGCGUCCAAGGUUGGUGGUGCCAAGGCAGCAACUUCACAACUGCUGCAACGUCGUGACAAUUCGGCAGCUGCCACAGAAGCAACUGCAUCGACAGUUUGUCCACAUCUUGGACUGGAGCAGGAGCCAGCUGCACCACGGAUACAUGCCACAGCAGAGUGGCAGAAUGCACUGGCCUACAAUGAGAUACCAGGACCAAAGCCAUUGCCCAUACUUGGCAAUACUUGGCGUCUGAUGCCAAUAAUUGGCCAAUACACGAUAUCGGAUGUGGCUAAAAUCUCGUCGCUGUUGCACGACAGAUACGGGAGGAUUGUGCGCUUCUCCGGGCUAAUUGGCAGACCCGAUCUGCUCUUCAUCUACGAUGCCGAUGAAAUUGAAAAGUGCUACCGAAGUGAGGGGCCAACCCCCUUCCGGCCAUCGAUGCCCAGUCUGGUCAAGUACAAGAGCGUCGUGCGCAAGGAUUUCUUUGGAGAGCUCGGCGGCGUCGUUGGCGUGCACGGUGAGCCAUGGCGUCAGUUCCGUUCGCGUGUGCAAAAGCCAGUGCUCCAGCUGUCCACCAUCAGACGCUAUCUACAGCCCUUGGAGGUGAUUACGGAGGAUUUUCUGGAGCGCUGUGAACGUCUGCUGGAUGCUAACGAGGAACUGCCCGUUGACUUUGACAACGAGAUCCACAAAUGGUCCUUGGAGUGCAUCGGUCGUGUAGCGCUGGAUGCUCGUCUUGGUUGCCUAGAGGAUAAUCUGACGCCGGACUCGGAGCCACAGCAGAUUAUUAAUGCUGCCAAAUACGCUCUACGCAAUGUGGCCACAUUGGAGCUGAAGGCGCCCUAUUGGCGUUAUUUCCCCACUCCACUUUGGACGCGCUACGUCAAAAAUAUGAACUUUUUUGUGGGAGUGUGCAUGAAGUACAUACAGAGUGCAACAGAGCGCCUGAAGACACAGGAUGCCAGCCAACGAGCCGGUGAACCAUCGCUCUUGGAGAAGGUGAUCAUGUCGGAGAAGGAUGAGAAGAUUGCCACCAUAAUGGCAUUGGAUCUGAUACUCGUUGGCAUUGACACGAUUUCCAUGGCUGUUUGCUCCAUCCUGUACCAAUUGGCCACACGACCCGUGGAGCAGCAGAAGGUGCACGAGGAGCUAAAGCGCUUGCUCCCAGAUGCCAACACGCCUCUAACGAUUCCACUGCUUGACCAAAUGCACCACCUGAAGGCGUUCAUCAAGGAGGUCUUUCGCAUGUACAGCACCGUCAUCGGCAAUGGACGCACCCUGCAGGAGGACAGCGUUAUAUGCGGCUACCAGGUGCCCAAGGGAGUGCAGGCCGUAUUUCCCACGAUUGUUACCGGCAACAUGGAGGAAUAUGUCACAGACGCAGCCACUUUCAGGCCAGAGCGCUGGCUCAAGCCACAGCAUGGUGGCACUCCCGGAAAACUGCAUCCGUUUGCCUCACUCCCCUACGGUUACGGUGCCCGCAUGUGUCUUGGUCGGCGAUUCGCUGAUCUAGAGAUGCAAAUACUUCUGGCCAAACUGAUCCGCAACUACAAACUGGAGUACAAUCAUCCGCCUUUAGACUACGCCGUAACCUUCAUGUACGCCCCGGAUGGUCCCCUCCGUUUCAAAAUGACCCGUAUUUAACAAAAGUCCUUAAGCUUUCUAUUAAAUAUAAGUAUAUUCAUUUCAUGUACAAUAUCUGUAAACUAUACUUCUUUAUAUACAUGUAACAUAUGUUCUUUCCUAUCAUUGGAGGCCGAAAAAUGGGUUGAAAAAUGUUUUGGUCCAAAACAUUAAAAAAAAGACUCAAGAAAAAAUAAA